AUGGCCCGGGCCUUGGAGAGCAGGGAGGCCCUCCUGGAGUGCCGGGACCCCGUGGUGCACAACGCCCUCUACACGGGGAACCUGGCGGAGGUGCAGCGCCAUUUCUCCGGACGCUCCGCCGUCAACCUGCUCAUCCACGCCCAGAGCCAGGACCUCCGCUGGACCAGCCACAAAUGGGGACUCUGGUCGCUGACCUACGAGCAGGAGCUGACCACGCCGCUCCACAUCACGGCCAGCCGGGGCUACCUGGAGUGCUUGCGCCACCUGCUCUUGCGCGGCGCCCGGGUGGAUCUGGCGCCCGGCGGGCAGACCGCCCUGCACGCGGCUUGCGCGGCUGGCACCACCGACUGCGCCCGCCUCCUCCUCUCCUUCGGCGCUGACCCCGGAGCCGUCUCCGAAGGCGGCUACCAGCCGCUCCACCUCUGCCGGAGCCCCGGCUCGAGCGA